UCGCUUCUCCCGGAGGCGAAGUGGGCCGCUGCUGUGGUGCUGCCCAAAGGGCGCGGCGCUCUGCCCGCCUCGGCCCCUCUCAGGCCACUCCCGGCAGCCGGCGCGGCCCCAGGUGUGUGUGAGCAGCUGGGAGCCCAGCUUGCCGCACCACAACACCGCGUGGGGGCUGCUCGCCAAGGAGUUCGUCUCUUGUAAUGCCCCUGGUGAGGGUAGCUCACCUUGCUUUCCUCGUCGGGGGCCCUCAGAUCACGUCCUCCAUCUUUCAGGAGUUCCUCAGGGCUGCUGGAAGGUCUGGUCCUCGGCUGUGUCCUCAGCACGGUGGCCCCCACAAGGUGAUGGCUGCCUCCCUUGAAUGCACAAACUUUGAGGAGGAGCAACUUCCUGACAAGAGGGAAACUAUGAACUGGAAGCCCAGAAAAGUUAAGCCUAUAAUACUAGGGCAAACCAAAGCAGAUGAAUGUUUGCGGAAGAAUGUUUCACGUGUUCUUGACAGUGACUCUGAAGAAAGUGAAUUCUCUGAUAUCUUUCCCUAUGAAGAUGAUGUCAGUCGAUCUCCUGUUGGCUAUCGCUAUGUACAGCCUGACCUAGAAGACCUGGAUGGUGAAAUCUCGAAUAUGCUUGAGAAUGUUACUUCUCCUGAGCAGCAAACUGCUUUGGUGUAUGAGGUGGAGGACUGGGAUAAAGAAUUGGAGGACUCUGAAAGUAAUCCUUAUGAUGCUGGUGAUCUCUACUGCGGAAGCUUUCAGGAAAAUAAUCUUUUGGUCUCAUACUCCUUGCAAGAGGAAUCAUUGUACAACCCAUGUUGUCACCAUGCGGCUAGUCUUGCUUUUACACUGCCAGUUAGAGUGACUGAGAUUGGCCAGUUUGAUGAUGCUGAUGAAUGAGAUCAGAACUAAGUACGGCUUCUGAGUUGGAUUGUGUUCUUCACCAAGUUGUGUCAAGCCAUUUGGCUUGCUUGCAGAGUUCUGCUUAAGGCCCGAAAUGCCACACCAUCUCUGAAGUUUAUCUUAGACUGUUUCUGAGGUGUUUAUUAAGCGACCACACCUGACCCCGGGGACCCAGAGUGCAGGUGCUAGCUGCACGCAGUCAGUGCGUUUCUGGACUACUUUCAGUUUGUAUUAUAUAGAUCUAGGUUGUUGCUAAUUAAUUGUUUGGGAGGAAGUAUUUAAUUUCUAAACUUCAGCUUGGUUGCCAAGCUUUGCCAGCUUUGAUGUGCUGAUACUUGUAUGUCUGGCCAUGUAACUUUUACUUUUCUUUCCUUUCCAUUUGAUGUUACCAAAUUGGUUCAGAUAGUUCUAAAAACUCUUCCUCCUUCCAACUUCUGUGUUGUAGCUUGUUACUCCAUGUCUAAUAUUCGUGUUUGACAAAAUCAGAUGUGGCAAAUGCAAAAUGAGUUGGUUUGGUUUUUUUUUUAAUGCAUUUCAAUACAAAGGAAUUUGCAAAAUAUAUGUCACAUUUAUAACACGUAUGCGGACAUAUAGUUGGGAUUUAUUUACCCAAUAGGAAUGCCGGGUGUUUGACUGUCUCCCAGCAAAGGUUUUUCCACAUGAGAUCUUCUUGCAUACAGGCAUAUUAUCUUCCAGUCUCACAGCUGUCUUUAUAACAUCCUCACGUUACGUCAGAUAUGUAAUGACAAAGAAAAUAUCUAUGGUUAUAUAAUCUUGGUGUGUCCUGCAGACAGUAGUGAGGUAAGGCUCAUGAUAGAUGUGGAUAUUUUUGCUGUUAUUUGUGUUUUGAAGAAUGAGGAAAUGAGAACACAAAAUAACUCCAUAAUGUCUCUAAGAGAAUAGCUGGAAUGAGAACCAUAUCCUCCUUGCCUUUGCUUUGGAAUUAAAGGAAAUGAUCUCAAAUGAAA